UGUGAUUGUUGUGACUGUUUGUGACGCCAAUGAGUGACUCAAUGAGUGACUCAAUGCGUGAGCGCACAACUCAUCCAAUCCUCACUCCAAGUGUUGACGAACAACACUUGUCUCACAUCUGUUCCCAAUUGUCACCUCAAUUGUGACCGCAAUAAACAUGAUUUCCUAUAUCUCUGUCGCUAUUACUCUCGCAAUAUGUGUAAUGCAUGUUUCGGCAGCUUUUUAUGGCCACUCUUUGCCAGAUAUGUCACAAGUGGAUCAGAGUCUUCGAGUGGAGCGCAUGAAUGAAUGGCAGGCGAAGAAGUCAGCGAAAGAAGUGGACAAUUGGCCGGUUGUGGAGACAACUCUAAUGUUGGGCGAAGUGUCGGGAGUGGCCACCAGUAGAGACAAUAGCGUUCAUGUGUUUCAUAGAGUGGAGAGAGUGUGGGACUCCACCACUUUCGAUAUGAAUAAUGUCUACAACGGAAGGAAUGGACAGCCGAUACAAAACGACACUAUUUUGGUAUUGGAUCCAAACGAUGGCAAAGUGAUCAAGUCUUGGGGCGGUAAACGCUUUUAUCUGCCGCACGGCAUAAGCGUUGACCCGCAGGGAAACGUGUGGUUGACUGAUGUGGCGCUGCAUCAGGUGUUUCGCUUCAAACGCGAUCAAUUGGAUGAACCCGAUCUCACUUUAGGCCAACGCUUCGAACCGGGAAGCGAUGACAAACACUUCUGCAAACCAACCGACGUGGCUAUAUCUUCAUCAGGAAUAGUGUAUAUAAGCGAUGGUUAUUGUAAUUCACGAAUCAUGAUAUUUUCACCCGAAGGCCACUUCAUUACACAAUUUGGUUUAUCAGAAUCGAUGGCAGUUCCGCAUAGUUUAACACUUCUCGAGAACGAAGAUCUCAUAUGUGUUGCCGAUAGAGAAAAUCGACGAAUACUUUGCUAUACGGCGGGACUGAGCGGUGAGAGGAGACCCGGAAAACUAGUAUUCAAUGUUCAACACAAACUGAUGGGAAAGGUUUACGCCGUCGAUCACAUCGGCGAUAUUCUGAUUGCCGUUAACGGACCCGAAGCUAAUGGAGUGGCGCCUAAAGGAUUGAGUCUUGAUUUGGCGACCGAACAGUUGGUGGACAUAUGGGAGCCGACAACCGAACACUUCGAUACGCCCCACGACUUGGCCGUCUCGGCCGACAGCACAUCAUUCUUCGUGAGCCAAAUAUCACUUAAAUCACAUAAAAAGUUAUUUAAAUUCACAAUUGUUUAAAUUUGUCACAUGUUUUGUUCCCUUUGAUUAAUAUUUGUUGUUAAAGAUCUCAAUUUUCAGUAUUCAGAAUAUAUGUGUUAAUAGUAUUGUGUUAUUCUAAUAAUUCCAUUAUUUCAUGUCA